UUGAAAUUAAGAGCUGAAAAUGGACGUGUUGUUGUUGUAUAUUUUGGUGAAGGUGCAGCAUCUGAGGGCGACUGUCAUGCCGCGUUCAAUUUUGCUAGUACUUUGAGAUGCCCAAUAAUAUUCUUUUGUCGCAAUAAUGGCUGGGCGAUCAGCACACCCACAAAUGAGCAAUACGGUGGUGAUGGUAUCUCGGUAAGGGGAUUGGGAUACGGUAUAGAUACGAUACGUGUUGAUGGUAAUGACUUCUUUGCCGUAUUCAAUGCGACGAAAAAGGCUCGAGAAUUAGCACUGGAGAAUAAGCCAGUUUUAGUGGAGGCAAUGACAUAUCGAGUUGGACAUCAUUCAACUUCGGACGACUCCACUUCAUAUCGAUCAGCAGAUGAGGUGAAAGCUUGGGUGGACAGGGAAAAUCCAAUCGCUAGAUUCCAUACCUAUUUGGUUGAUAAAGGAUGGUGUACACCGAACGAUGAUGACAAAUGGAAAAAACAGGUAAGAAGAGAGGUCAUGAAGGCAUUCAGUGCUGCUGAAAAAAUACCAUUAAUGCAUCCUCACGAACUGUUCGAAGACGUUUAUAAGGAGAAAACACCGAGCAUAGCUGAACAACAGCGACAGUUUGAUGAGCAUCUGCAGGAACAUGCAGAGCAAUAUCCACUGAGCAAAUGUGAGCCGAUCCGCCAGAAGGAGAAGUGA